AGAGAGAGAGAGAGAGAAACCCAAAUCGAUGCAGAAACGAGAAGGCUGGUUUUGGAUUUGAGAGCCAGAGAAAAUCUCGUUCUGCAAAUGCCGAUUCCGAGAAAAUCCUUAACUCGUUCCUGUUUCACCUUCUUCUUCUUCUUCUUCUUCAUAGUUUCCUCUGUUUUUGUCUCUCAGGCUUUGGCGAACGAUGAAGUCGCCGCAUUAGUUUCAUGGGUUCACAGCUCAAUCUCGCUACCGUCAGAUUUCUCUGGGUGGAAUCCUUCAGAUCCCAACCCUUGUCAAUGGCGGUUCGUCACUUGUUCCUCCGGCAACGUUGUCACAGAGAUCAAUGUCGUCUCUGUCCAGAUAGCUUUACCUUUCCCUCCAAACAUCUCCGUUUUCCACUCUCUUCAAAGACUCGUCAUCUCCGGCGCCAAUCUCACCGGAAGUAUCUCCCCGGACAUUGGGGACUGUACUUCACUUAGGGUUAUUGAUCUGAGUUCCAACGGUCUUGUCGGAGAAAUCCCCUCCACCAUUGGGAAGCUCAAGAAUCUCCAAGACUUGGUUUUGAACUCGAAUCGGAUCACGGGCAAGAUUCCAGCUGAGCUCGGAGACUGUAUCAGCCUCAAGAAUCUGUUGAUAUUUGAUAAUUACUUAACCGGGAAUCUCCCGCCGGAGCUCGGGAAUUUAUGGAAUCUUGAGAGCAUCAGAGCAGGAGGGAAUGUGGAACUUUCCGGAAAGAUUCCAGAGGAGAUCGGAAAUUGUCGGAAUCUGAAGGUUUUAGGCCUUGCAGCUACGGAGAUUUCUGGUUCUUUACCUUCCUCUUUAGGUAAACUCAACAAGCUUCAAACUAUAUCUGUAUACACAGCUAAGCUCUCUGGUGAAAUCCCGAGAGAACUCGGAAAUUGCUUGGCUUUGAUUGAUUUGUUUCUGUACGAAAACGAGCUGUCGGGUUCACUUCCACGAGAACUGGGUCAGCUUCAGAACUUGGAGAAGAUGCUGCUAUGGCAGAACAAUCUUCAUGGUCCUAUCCCUGAGGAGAUUGGAUAUAUGAAAAGCUUGAAUGCCCUCGAUCUCUCGUUGAACUAUUUCUCAGGAACGAUUCCUCGAUCGUUCGGUAACUUAUCGAAUCUCCAAGAACUGAUGCUUAGCAACAACAACAUCUCGGGUUCGAUACCUUCAGUUCUAAGCAACUGUACACGCCUCGUGCAGUUGCAGGUCGAUGCUAAUCAGAUUUCGGGUACGAUUCCGCCAGAGAUUGGUCUGCUCAAGGAGCUUAACACCUUCUUCGGAUGGCAGAACAAGCUCGAAGGAAGCAUUCCGACAGAGUUGGGAGGUUGUCAGAAUCUGCAAGCUAUGGACUUGUCUCAAAACUCUCUUACCGGAAGCUUACCUCCCGGAUUGUUUCAGCUUCGAAAUCUGACAAAGAUUUUGCUCAUCUCAAAUGACAUUUCUGGUGUCAUCCCUUCUGAGAUCGGCAACUGCACAUCUCUUGUCAGAUUAAGGCUCGUCAAUAACAGAUUAAGCGGAGAAAUCCCGAAAGAAAUAGGGUUUCUCCAAAACCUUAGCUUCCUAGACCUGUCUGAAAACAACCUUUUCGGUACAGUUCCUGAGGAGAUAGGCAAUUGCAGACAGCUACAGAUGCUGAACUUGAGCAACAACACUCUUCGAGGUUCGCUUCCCGCCUCUUUAUCUUCUCUGACAAAGCUUCAAGUGCUCGAUGUUUCUGCAAAUGGGUUCACCGGUAAGAUUCCAGAGAAUCUCGGGCAGCUCGUUUCGCUCAACAGGCUCAUACUUAGCAAGAACUCCUUCUCCGGAUCAAUCCCUUCAUCUCUCGGCCACUGCUCGAAUCUUCAGCUUCUUGAUCUCAGCAGUAAUAACCUCUCAGGAACCAUACCGGAAGAGCUCUUCGACAUCGAAGAUCUAGACAUCGCCCUCAAUCUGAGUUGGAACUCGUUAGACGGAUUCAUCCCGCUUAGGGUUUCAGCACUUAACAAGCUAUCCUUGCUAGACCUUUCACACAACAUGCUUUCGGGUGAUCUUUUUGCGUUAUCCAGCCUCGAAAAUCUGGUGUCUCUGAACAUCUCUUACAACAGAUUCUCGGGGUAUCUUCCAGACAGCAAGUUGUUCAGACAGUUAUCAGCAGCAGAGAUCGAAGGAAACCGUGGACUCUGUCCCAGAGGAUUCAGGUCAUGUUACUUCAGCAAUGGCACGAAGUUGAAUAUGCAGCGAAAUACAAGUUUCGUUCGUUCUCAGAGAAUCAAGAUUGCCUUAGGGCUUUUGAUCAGCUUGACUGUAGUUCUUGCUGUAUUGGGAAUCUUGGCGGUAAUAAGGGCAAGACAAAUGAUUCGUAAUGAUAAUGAAUCGGAGAUUGGAGGAGAUCUCUGGACAUGGCAGUUCACUCCAUUCCAGAAGCUCACUUUCAGUGUUGAACAUGUGCUGAAGUGUCUGAUAGAGAGCAAUGUCAUAGGAAAAGGUUGCUCGGGGAUAGUUUACCGAGCAGAAAUGCCGAAUGGAGAAGUCAUCGCCGUAAAGAAGCUUUGGCCGACGACAGUUGCCACGAGAUACGAUAUCCAGACUGAGAAAACUCGGAAUUCGGGAGUUCGGGAUUCGUUCUCGGCCGAGGUGAAAACUCUCGGGUCCAUCAGACACAAGAACAUCGUCCGGUUCCUAGGAUGCUGUUGGAACCGAAACACGAGACUUCUCAUGUACGAUUACAUGUCGAACGGAAGUUUAGGCAGUCUGCUUCACGAGAGGAGCUGUAUCUGCAGCUUAGGAUGGGAGCUUCGAUAUCGGAUUAUCCUCGGCUCGGCUCAGGGUUUGGCUUACUUGCACCAUGACUGUGUUCCUCCGAUCGUUCACCGAGACAUCAAGGCCAACAAUAUACUGAUCGGUCCCGAUUUCGAACCUUAUAUCGCGGAUUUCGGGCUUGCCAAGCUUGUCGAUGAUGGAGAUUUCGCUCGUUCUUCCAACACUGUUGCCGGCUCCUACGGCUACAUAGCUCCAGAAUACGGAUAUUCACUGAAAAUAACCGAGAAAAGCGACGUAUACAGCUACGGAGUCGUGGUUCUUGAAGUACUAACAGGGAAGCAACCGAUAGAUCCGACCAUACCAGAAGGUCUCCACAUUGUGGAUUGGGUCAAAAAAAUCAGAGGAGUCGAAGUUCUGGAAAAGGGUUUGCAGUCAAAGCCCGAACCAGAGAUCGAAGAAAUGUUGCAGACACUCGGCGUUGCGCUCCUCUGCGUGAACCCUUCGCCUGAAGGCAGGCCCACGAUGAAGGACGUGGCCGUAAUGCUCUAUGAGAUUCGGCAAGAUCGGGACGAGACCUCGAAGAUCGGAACGGGAAUCGACGAGAGUAUUUGCUCAGGGAGCUGUAACGCUGACGAUAAACGGCGAGAACAGAAGGAUCCAGCAUCAUCUGUGACGAAGAAAUCGGUUGCUUACGCGACAAGUAACAGCAAUAGUUUCUCGGCUUCUUCGUUGAUAUACUCUUCUUCUUCCUCUGUUGCAAAGCCGGGCCUCAAAUUGAUGAGAGCGAGGGGAAGUUUCCCAGAUCGAAAAAUUCGGUAUUUGUUCAAAACGUAA